AUGCCUUCGCUCGCCCCUCUCCGCGCCGCCGCGCGCACGUCGACCGCCGUCGCGAUCCGCCAGCCCAACCUCAAGUUCCCGCUGUCCUUCCGCCGAACAUUUUCGCAAACGAAGAGCGCGCAAAGUGGUCACGGCCCAAGCUACGAUCCCCCGUCCGGAUGGCUGUUUGGCGUCAAGCCGGGUGAGAAGUACCAGAAGGAGGGGUGGGAAGGUGUUUGGUAUUGGGGUUUCUAUGGCAGCUUCGCUGUGGCGAUCAUAGCGUAUGCGUUCAAGCCGGACACUAGCAUUCAAACAUGGGCUCUUGAAGAGGCUCGCCGACGACUGGAAGCCGAGGGCAUUCUGCAGGACCCCGAUACGAAGCCCCGGGAGUAA